UCCCCGGAGUCAAGAAGAAGGAGGAGAAGGAGAUGAGCGGCGGCGGAGCAGGAGGGGCGGCGGCGGAGAGGCAGGAGCUGCAGCUGCCGCCGGGCUUCCGGUUCCACCCGACGGACGAGGAGCUGGUGGUGCACUACCUCUGCCGGCGCUGCGCCGGGCUGCCCGUCGCCGUGCCCAUCAUCGCCGAGGUCGACCUCUACAAGUACGAUCCAUGGCAGCUGCCGAGAAUGGCGCUGUACGGCGAGAAGGAGUGGUACUUCUUCUCCCCGCGGGACCGCAAGUACCCAAACGGGUCGCGGCCGAACCGCGCCGCCGGCUCCGGCUACUGGAAGGCCACCGGCGCCGACAAGCCGGUGGGCACGCCGAGACCGGUGGCCAUCAAGAAGGCCCUCGUCUUCUAUGCCGGCAAGGCGCCCAAGGGCGACAAGACCAACUGGAUCAUGCACGAGUACCGCCUCGCCGACGUCGACCGCUCUGCCCGCAAGAAGAACAGCCUCAGGCUGGAUGACUGGGUCCUGUGCCGAAUCUACAACAAGAAGGGCGGCUUGGAGAAGCCGAUCGGCGGCGGCGCCGGCGGCGGUGAGCGUGCCAAUAUGAGCCACGGGGAGGCUGCGGCGUCGGCCGGCUCGCCGCCGGAGCAGAAGCCGUCCGUGCUUCUGCCUCCGCCGCACGCGCAGCCGCCACCGCCUCCGCCGCCGCAGCCGUUCUCUGAGCUGGCGGCGUUCUACGACGUGCUGCGGCCGUCGGACUCGAUGCCGCGGGCGCACGCCGACUCGAGCUGCUCGGAGCACGUGCUCACGACGUCGGCGUCGUCAUGCGGCGUCGAGCGGCCGGAGGUGCAGAGCCAACCCAAGAUCGCCGAGUGGGAGCGCACGUUCGCUGGCGCCGCCGACCAGGGCGGCUCGACGCUGGGCCAGCUCGACCCCGCCGCCGGCGACCCGCUCCUCCAGGACAUCCUCAUGUACUGGGGCAAGCCGUUCUGAUCGGCUCGGCUCGGCUUGAGCUGGGAGGGGUGACUCGAGCGAGCCGCUAGAAAUCGAUCGGUGGCCGUUGGAUGGCGAGCCGAGUUAUUGGUAGCCGCCGGAUGGGAGAUGGAAUCGCGUUUUAAUUAGCAGUAAUAUGGACGGUGGCGAUGAGACGCGGGAGCCCCGACAUGCAGGUAGGAAGGAGAUGUGAUGCAUGGUACUGUACUAGUAUUACUUGAGAGUUAAACUGUAUGUAUAUGCGAUUAAUUUGUUUGGCUAAUGGCUCGAUCGAUCUGGUCACACCUUAGCAUAUUUUCUCUCUUGACUGUGUGUUUUUGGUAGCGGUACUAGUUUUCUAUUUUUUUAAGAAGAUUUGUUUCGGUCCAACAAAAAGUAUCUCGAGAUACCGGUAUCUCGUGGUAUGAAAUCUUUCUGAUCAUUGGAUGUAACAUUGCACAUCCUACUCAGCUAGAUCCAAUGGUGAAAAAUGAUUUAGUAUCUUGAGGUACCGGUAUCUCGAGGUAUUU